ACGCUAUCCCUUCGCUUUGCUUCCAUUUGUUCUUGGCUUUUAUUUCCCCUAAAAGACCCGAUUUUUUUGUGCCCUUGCAACGGCUUAGCCCUCCAUUUUUGUCCUCCAUUCCAAGGGAAAAAAUUUGAUCAAUUGUUGUGUUAUUCAAUCUCGACCCUUUUCCUGCUCUAGUCUAAUUCCCACAGGAUCUCUUCUUCGUGUUUCCUGGUUUCGUUUUUUACCUAACCCUUGUUUUUCUUCUGGUUGUUUGCGUUUGUAAUUUCUGGAAGAACCAUUUUUUAAUGUAAUAGCCGACCGAGAAGGGAAAAAAAAAACAUAUAUAAUUUCUGGUUCAUUUUUUAAGGUCUUUGAUGGCGGAAUUGAUGGCAAUGGGUAAGUUUGAGAGAACAUUGCUUGUGUAGGUUUCCUCGUCCAAGUCUUGGGAUUACCCAAUUUCAUGAAUAUCAGGUACGCAGCCUUCUAAAGCUCCAAAAUAGACCAUUUCAUGGUUUGAAGCUGGUGGGGUUUCUUUAUUUGACAAAACAAUCCAACCCUCCGUUCUAUUAAAGAAGCGAAAUCGCGACGCCCCCUUUUCUUGAUCCGUUGGAAUAACCCCAAGAAAUGUACGGAACUCAAAGCAAAAGGGACAUUGCUCUAGAAUUGCAAGCUCAGAUUCCAAUUCUAAGGCCGAGUAUUCAUGCGAGAAGGGCGAAUAUCACAGUCAAGUUUCAAGAUCUAUAUGGGUUCACAGUGGAAGGCAAUGUGGACGACGUUAAUGUGUUGAACGAAGUGAGGGAAAAGGUGAGGAAACAGGGCCGUGUCUGGUGGGCAUUGGAGGCAAGCAAAGGGGCUAAUUGGUAUUUGGAACCCUCUGUUUCCGAAGGGAUCGCCCUCAAAUCCUCCCUCAAAUUGUCUACCCUCGCUAAUGCCAUCACUCUGAAAAAGUUGAUUAGGAAAGGAAUUCCACCAGUUCUUCGCCCCAAAGUUUGGUUUUCCUUAUCUGGGGCCGCCAAGAAGAAGUCUACGGUUCCGGACAGCUAUUACAAUGAUCUCACAAAGGCCGUUGAAGGAAAGGUCACGCCGGCCACAAGGCAGAUUGAUCAUGACUUGCCCCGUACUUUUCCGGGUCAUACUUGGUUAGACACUCCAGCGGGUCAUGCUGCUCUUCGACGUGUUCUUGUUGGGUAUUCCUUCCGUGACUCUGAUGUUGGAUACUGUCAGGGCUUAAAUUAUGUUGCUGCAUUGCUAUUACUCGUGAUGAAAACAGAAGAAGAUGCAUUUUGGAUGCUAGCUGUCCUCUUAGAAAAUGUUUUAGUUAGUGACUGUUACACGACAAACUUGUCAGGAUGUCAUGUCGAGCAAAGGGUGUUCAAAGAUUUACUUUCGAAAAAGUGUCCCAGGAUAGCUGCCCAUUUGGAAGCAUUGGAUUUUGACGUCUCCCUUGUCGCCACUGAGUGGUUCCUCUGUCUCUUCUCUAAGAGCCUGCCAUCCGAGACGACUCUACGUGUUUGGGACGUCCUUUUCUACGAGGGGGCAAAAGUUCUGUUUCAUGUGGCUUUGGCUAUCUUUAAGAUGAAAGAAGACGAGUUGCUUCUAACCCAUCACGUGGGGGAUGUGAUUAAUAUUCUACAAAAAACCACACACUACUUAUUUGAUCCCGAUGAUCUACUGACGGUAGCAUAUGAUAAAAUUGGUUCAAUGACGACCAACACCAUAUCAAAGCAAAGGAAAAAGCAAGAACCAGCCGUUAUGGCUGAGCUUGAUCAGAGAUUGAGGCGACUAAAUUCCGUCAAAGUGGAUGACAAAUAGUAUCAUUAUCAUCCAUUCCCAACUGUCAAGCUGAUCAAACUGUAACAUUAUAGCUAUUUCAAUGGGAAAAAAGACAUGACUUCCCUUGCCCCGGAGAGAGAGCAAAGUAAAAAGGAAAAAAAAAACAAGAAAAGGAAAAAAAAAAAACAAGAGAGCAUCUGUUUUUCCAUGGUGUUUGUAGCUUUAUAAAAUGUAAAUUACAAAUAUUAAUACUUUAUAUAUUGUUAAUUACACUGCAAAAGAGAGCACUAUGGGUUUCCCAUGCUCUGUAAUUUCUGUU